UUUACUCCCCGUAGCGGGCGUGUUAAAGGGCGUAGGAUGAUUCUUGAUUGGUUGAACUGAGAUGAACUGAUUGGUGAUAUGGUGAAUGGGUGCGACCAAAAUACAGUCGCGCCGAAGCGUUCCUGUGAAUGCCACGCCUUUGGGUUGAUCCUCAACCCCGUGGGACUCGAGCCACGCUGGCUCUGCCGGCCGUGACACAUUCGACAAGCGGCGCCGUAACGGGAAGCAACGUGCGACUGGGGACCUUCAAGAAUUCUCCUCUGUCUCACUGUUAUCUGACCGCCUUGACCUCUCACCCUCCACAAAAAUUAAUAAAAAAAAACCCUCUUCUCGCCAUGAUUCGACAAACUACAACAUCGGAUUAUAACAAUUCUGCUCUGCUUACAAGAGUUGAUUUACAUUUUUGAAAAAAUUCCCUCCCUUGUAAAACAGUAUUUACGAAGUAUUUGCCCCAAAACGGUUCAUAAAAUCCUACAAAAUUACGAAGAAUAUUCUGAGAGGGAAAAUUUUUAUUUUGACGAUUCAAGUGCGGACAGAAUUUUUGUGCGGUAAACCACGUGACAAUUGUGCGGAAGUUCAGUGAAGUUGAAAAUACUUUUUUGUUGACUCGAGUGAAGUUUCGGACUUUUGUAUAUAUAGUGAAGUGCGAGACAAUUGAAAAGCAUUACAAAUGAAUAAGAAAAUAAGGUAAAAUAUCCUGAUGAUCAAGAAUUGUGAAUUUUGGAAAAAUUGAUUGACAUAGAGAGAAAGAAAAAAAGAGAAAGAGAGAAAAAAAAGAGUGAUUUUGAGAAGAGAAAGUAGAGAGGAAAUAAUUUUUUUACGGCCUCACGACGAGGUCCGACGAGUGGAGCGGUCUCCUGCCCAGCUCCACUAUCGUGGGCGCUGGGGGGUCACCAUGGUUGGGUUUGGGUGCCGGGGGUGGAGCAGGUGCUACCACGGGUUCAGGGAGUCCUGUCGAACUCGAGGGCCAUUGGGGCAGGAAAUUAUAUGGGGCAAGUGUUGCACCACCACCGCCACCGCCUCAUCAUCAUCCACGUGCCCCGCUUGUUUUUGCUCCGCAGGACAUGCGGCAAAUUUUGAAGGAGGAACCCGUACCACGUGCCUGGCCUCAACCUGCGCUCGCCGAUAAUGGACCGGUUGGAGUGGGUAGAGCCCAUUUCGAGAAACAGCCUCCGAGCAAUCUAAGGAAGAGUAACUUUUUCCACUUUGUUAUUGCUCUCUACGAUCGAGGGGGACAACCGAUUGAAAUCGAAAGGACGGCUUUCAUUGGAUUCGUCGAGAAGGACCAGGAAAGCGAAGGGCAAAAGACAAAUAAUGGAAUUCAGUAUCGUCUUCAGCUUCUUUAUGCGAAUGGUGUCAGGCAGGAGCAGGAUAUUUUUGUGAGGCUGAUCGACUCCGUCACGAAACAGGCAAUUAUGUACGAGGGUCAGGAUAAGAAUCCAGAGAUGUGUCGUGUUUUGUUGACUCACGAAGUCAUGUGCAGUCGUUGCUGUGAUAAAAAGAGCUGUGGAAAUAGAAAUGAAACUCCAAGUGAUCCAGUUAUCAUCGAUCGAUUCUUCCUCAAGUUCUUCCUCAAGUGCAACCAGAACUGUCUUAAGAACGCUGGAAAUCCACGGGACAUGAGACGUUUUCAGGUUGUAAUAUCAACGCAAGUCGGCGUUGAGGGUCCCUUAUUGGCCGUCUCUGACAAUAUGUUUGUGCACAAUAAUAGCAAACAUGGACGUCGAGCGAAGAGAUUGGAUCCGAGUGAUCCUGGCGAAUAUAAUAGUGAGUGCAUUUAUCCUCCAAUUCCUGUCGCGACACCCUGCAUAAAAGCGAUAUCUCCCAGUGAGGGGUGGACGCAGGGGGGUUCAACAGUGAUAAUAAUCGGUGACAACUUCUUCGAUGGUUUACAAGUCGUAUUUGGCACCAUGCUCGUAUGGAGUGAGUUAAUAACGGCUCACGCAAUUAGAGUUCAAACUCCACCACGACAAAUACCAGGAGUUGUCGAGGUGACAUUAUCCUACAAAAGUAAACAAUUCUGUAAAGGAUCUCCAGGAAGAUUCGUUUAUGUCUCGUUGAAUGAACCGACGAUCGACUACGGAUUUCAGAGGUUACAAAAAUUAAUACCACGACAUCCCGGCGAUCCGGAGAAGUUACCGAAGGAAAUAAUUUUAAAGAGAGCUGCCGAUCUGGCUGAGGCACUUUACAGUAUGCCUAGGGGUGGGAAUGCAAGUAUCACAGGGGCACCGAGAAGUCCAGUUUCCGGUCAUCCACCGGCACCGCCGACAUCAAGUUCCGCCACUGCUUUCAACUCGUACACUGGCCAACUUGCUGUCACCGUCCAGGAAAAUGGUAGCACCGCCAAAUGGACGGACGACGGCGGUUCGGUAACGUCAGGCGCCGGAGCUGGAGGUGGAGGCGGCGGCGGCGGCAACACUGUCGACGCCUAUAGGCAAAGUAGCAGCGCGAGUCCACGGGGGGUUGUAACCAGUGGCGGUUACUGCGGAAGUUCCGCCAGCACGCCGCACAGUCACAGCACAAGCGGAAGUUACUCCGUCGCCAAUCCCUACACCGGAAGUCCGACCCUCUACACUUCGCGAUUGGGAGAAGUAGUGGGAUCACCGUUCAACAUGAAUCCAUUUAUGUUGCCAACUUGUAAUCAAGGAUAUUCCACAACUGGCAGUCCACUUUUAUCCUCGAAUGGUAAAUAGUGUUACGAGAUGUAAGCUGCGCCGAGAAUAUCAACAAUUUCACAAAAAAAAGAAAAAAAAAUUGGCGGAGCUUUUUUACUUUCCUUUCGACAAUAUAUCGAGAAUAUUUUUUCAAAAUGUCAUCUCAACUGUUUUGGAAAAUGUGCAGAAAAUUUUCCCUCAAUGGGAAAAAAAAUUAUUUUUUCACACUUUUUUUUUCCUUGUCAAAAUAAUCAGAUUUCAAUUGAAUUGUCCAGAUGAAAGAAUGAAAAAAAAAAGAAAAUUGUAACCAUCACUGAUUUCUAUUGAUGACAAUGAUAGGAAAUUAAAAACAAAUAGUUAAUUAGAGAAAAUAUGACGAAUAUCGGGAAAAAAUUAAAACCAGUGCAAAUUUGAAAAAUUUAAAUUUACAGAAAACAAGAUAUCGUCUAUUUAAAUUAGUUGAUGCAGUCGAAUUAAUAAACAAGAAAUUGUAUACAUAUCGUGUAAAUUAUGAGGAAGCAGGAUUUUCCUCGUUGGAAAAUUAACACUCGUAUAUAAUAAUAAAAAAAUGAAGGAAUUUGUGCCGGAAGGAAAUUUAAAAUGGAAGGCAAAAAUAAAAGAAUUUACAAUAAAGGAAAAGAAAAUAAAUUC